AUGAGUUAUAAUAGAGGCAGAUUUAAUUACCGGAAACGUGGUUUUUCACGUGGAGGAAGUAGUUCAUCAGGACAGAGCACCCCGUCAAACGAAUUAUCUGUGCAAUCUUUUACCAAUUCUGCUAAUUUACCGGAAGUUGUCAGAAGAUCUAGAGAGCGACCUUUAAUAUCAGUUGCUUUGGGCGUUAUUCCUGGACCUUACCCAGGAUGGAAAUUAUAUUUUCCUCUGGAAGUUUACACUGCUGGAUCUCAGACAGUAAAAAAUAUCAAAGCUACUGAAUCCCAUAUCACAAGAAGAGCCGUUUUAUAUAACCUACAAAGAUGUAGGAAAUUAUUGUGGUAUCCUAUACAUAUGAGGGCACUUUUAGGAGAUCCAGUAUUCAUGGAAGAAUGGCCUAUGUUUCAAGAGGAUCUUAGAGAUAAACCGGAAUAUACUUUGAAUUGCUUAAGACUAGCCAUGCAUCAGGUACUUUUGAUGCAAAAUGAAUCCACUGAUUCAUCAAACCUGGAUAUGGUAAUGGCUAGAGUGAUGGGGCACGGACCUGUAAUACCUUUGAAAAAUAUUCGUGUACACAGUUAUAGUAAGCUUGUUACUAUAAAAGGUACAGUAAUUCGUGCUGGAAACCCAAAGCUUCUUUGUACUUGGAUGACAUUUGGUUGUCGAUCUUGUUUUGCACAGCAAAUGGUAAAACAGCCUGCCGGUGUAAUGGCCCAACCAGAAAAAUGUGUAGGAGAAAACUGUCUAAUUCGUACAAAUUUUAUUCCAAUUCUUGAUACACCGUGCACAAGAACAACUGCUUGGCAAACUUUAAAAGUGCAGGAGUUGAAAACUGCAGAUCAGUUUGAAUCAGGCAGAGUACCCAGGAAUGUAAAUAUUGAAGUAACAGCAGACUUGGUUAAUUUAUGUUGUCCAGGAGAUGAUGUGACUAUCACUGGAAUUGUGCAGGUGAGAGCUUUAGAUGAUCAUUCAAGACGAGACCAAGCAUCAAUGUACAAAAUGUAUCUUGAAGGCAUAUCUAUACAAAAUCAAAGGGAAAAUGUAGUUGAAGAUGAAUACACAGAACGAGAUUAUGCAGCAAUACAAGCAAUCAAAUCAGAACCCGAUGUCUUUCGAUUGUUGGUUAAUUCUUUGUGCCCUCUUAUUUGCGUCCGAGAAUGUCCUAAAGCUGGUCUCAUUCUAGCUUUAAUGGGAGCUACAAAAACAUCAGAGUCAGAUUUUAUAAAUAGAAACGAGUGUCAUGUUUUGAUAGUUGGAGAUCCGGGAUUGGGGAAAAGUCAGAUGUUGAAGGCUUGUGCUGAUGUUGCCCCUAGAG